GCGAGCUUUGUUUACAUGCCUCUUAAAGGGGACGCGCACCGACAGCCCCGGGGAACCUAUCCGAGACCCUCAUCAGCAUCGUCACCAUUAAAUUAUACAGCCUACUACAUAGUCUCAGGAUUUCUUCCCCAAAGUCUGACCGACCUCCGAAAAUCCCAUCUCCUCCAACAAGUCUUGCCCGAUACCCCAGGUCACAACAAUAGCUCAAGCGGCUACUUCGGAAAAAGACUCCCCAAACAACUCCCUCUCUUCAGGCUCCGGAUUCACUGAAUAACCACGAUAUCCUGGGUGCGGCACAAAACAAACAGCGGAUUCAGUUCCUACUUUCUACGGAAUGGGAUUCCGAGGAAUAUCCCAGGAGGCCCGGAGAAGACACAGAUGCUGGGGCAAGUUGAGAGGCGAAACAACGGCGGAAAACGGUUGAGCCCCGAUUGCACGUCAGGUCUCAGGAAUAGAGACUCUCAGGAUACAGGAAGCCAAAGUGUGAAACUCAGUCAUCAAAAAUACCACACGCCCCAUCGUCAGCCAGACCGAAGAGCGCGGCGCAGGGGAGUCCAGGAAGCAGGGAACUCAUUUGAGAGAAAGGGGGGCAAAAACCGAGCGGCAGGGCGUUGAGAAAGCCGGAGGCGGGAACAGCGAGAUGAUCAGGAGAUGGAUGAAGCGGCCGUGAAGCAGGGUUUCCUGUACCUUCAGCAGCAGCAAACGUUCGGAAAGAAAUGGAAGCGAUUCUGGGCCGUGCUCUACGGAGAGUCAGGCUCCUCCUCGGCCCGGCUGGAGCUGCAGGAGGGGUCCGAGAAGGCCCGCCGAGGGGAAGCAGCCCGGAAGGUCAUCCGCCUCAGUGACUGCGUCAGGGUGGUGGAGGCUGGAGGAGAGGCCGGGAGCCCUCGGGACACCAGUCCCUUCCUGUUGGAGACCACGGAGCGCCUCUCCCUGCUGGCUGCUCCCAGCGUGGAGCGCGGAGACUGGAUCCAGGCCAUCUGCCAUCUGGCCUUCCCGAUGCAGAGAGCUGAGUGGAGGGAGGCAGCCGGGCAGGAAAGCCACUCGGCACAGCUGCGGGAGUCUCCCUGCAUGGAGGAAAACUCCCUGUACAGCAGUUCAGGUGCAGCAUUGCCCUGCCAGGAGUUUGCUGUCAAGGUGCGACAGACAGAUGCGAGUGAGCGAUGCCGGCUGCGGGGAUCCUACGUCUUGCGGGCAGGGGACAGCGCCCUGGAGCUGAGGCGGGGCUCUGAACUGGGGAACCAGCUCUACACUUGGCCCUACAGAUUCCUACGGCGCUUUGGGAGGGACAAGGUGACCUUCUCCUUCGAGGCCGGACGGCGUUGUGCCUCGGGUGAGGGGAGCUUUGAGUUUGAAACCCGGAAGGGCAAUGAGAUCUUUCUGGCUCUAGAGAAGGCCAUCUCUGCCCAGAAGAACUCUGAGUCUUCUGGACCUCCGGUUCAGCCCGUUCUGAUCCCUGCCCCUCCGCGGUCCGAAAGCCCGUACUCCCGGCCCCAUGACUCCCUCCCACCCCCGUCCGCCACCCCAGUGGCCCCGCCCCAGCGCUCUCGGCCUCCAGAAGGAGACUACGCGGUGCCUUUCGAUACUGUGGCUCGAUCGCUGAUGAGCAACAGUUUCAGGGGGUUCCUGGCCAACUGUCCCCAGGCUCCCCAGCCCCCCAAGCCUUCCCAGCCCUCUCCGGCCGACCCUCUGUACGACAGCAUUGAUGAGCGUCUCCCCCUCCCCGACCACAUCUACGAUGAGCCCGAGGGCAUAGCCACGCUGACCCUGUACGACAGGCCCCAGGAGGCCCAGGGGGAAGCCUGGAGGAGGCAGGCCACUGCCGAGAGCCUUGGGGAAGAAGGCCCCCAGCUCUCCUACAAACUCAAGAGGGAGGACCAUGCCUUGCCCUCAUCGGGCAGCCACUCUGGCUGGCCCCAGAGAUCUGAAUACGAUAACGUGAUUUCCAGGAAGGGCCCACGCUGAAGGAAAGAUGGACUUGUGGGGUGGGAGUAGGCGAUGGAGGGGUGGGGACAGGUGGGAUUACAGCAGUUGCUCAGUCCUCUUGCUCAGUGGCCCCCCCCAACAUACCCUGACUCUGCUCUCUCUGAAGAGAGGUGGUCUUCCCCGGGCUGAGUCUUCUGUUCGGGAGCCCUCCCUGGAUAGGCGGAUAGCCAAAGCGGGAGAGAUAGGCCCAGGAUGCUCUCCUUUUCCUCCUCUGGCCAGCCUGUCCCUGGCAGAGCCCCAGACUUGGGUGGCUUCAGGGUACAGGCCAAAAGGGGCUUCUACAAACCAUCCUUUGCCUCGUUGCCCCGCAGCUUGUGCCCACUGAGCACACCGCUGCGGUCCAACCCAGCCUGGAGGAAGAUAGCUGCGGCUGGCAUCGGUUCUCUGGAUACCUU